CCUCAGUAUGCCGCGCAGCGCGCAGGCUCGCGCACACGUUCCUCGUCCCUCUCUCUCUGCCCUGUCGCCUUUCCGCCCGUGCGCGUCCUCUCUCUCUAUUUUCCUCGCCGUCUCGCGCGCGCGCCGCCCGAGUAUUUACACGCACGCUCCGUAUUCCUCGCGUUAUUACGUACGGACGUAACGUACGUGCGUCGAGCGCGUGUGCAUCGGUCAGUUUGUACGCAGGUACAAACACAUCCCGCGACUGGCUCCUCUCUUUUUUUUUUGUUACGCGCGCCUCUUCCUGCGCUCCCGGCUGAAUAGCGAGUGUGCGUACGCGUGUGUGGAUAUACGCGGGUGAGUCCUUUUCUCUCUCUCUCUUUCUCUCUCUCUUUAUGCACGACUACUACUCGCGGGCGAGCAUCCAACGGCAGACAGGUACGCGGAGGACACGUCGCGUCACGCCGAGUCGAUUAACGGAGUGUACUCGCUAGUAGUACGGCUAGUGGUGCGCGCCUUUCAACGAGGGACGCGUGCCCCGGAGUAAUAAACCUCGUGGACGAGGAUCGAGUCCCUUCUGGAUCUUCGGGAAAUCGACGAGCGCGAUGUCGACUCGCGUCGCGCGACCCACAUACACGGUGACACGGUGACACGCGGGGCGAAAGUGAUCGGGAGAGUGCACGCGGGAAAACCGAGAGCCGUUGUUCGCCGAGAGUGUAACGGAGCAAGAGAGAAGCGAAAGGGCGCGAGUGCGUAGACAAGGGAACGAGAGGCAAAUAGUGGAACGGUUGCGAAACCUCCUCGGGGCCGAGAGACGUGGCACGAAAUGAAGCGAGCGUAUCCGCGAGCGAUCGAUAACUAUAGCGGCACUAUAGUCGACUCGGUGAAUAGCGAGCGGCUACCAGGCAAUCCAACCUAACGGACGACGCGUGACCUCCAGGAGCGGCAAAUAGGUAGACAGGUUCGCCGCCGGUCCCAAUCCGGGGACGAUGUAGAGAGAAAGUCGCGUCGCGUUUUUCUGCGGAUCGGAGAAAAGACCGUCAAGGAGGAACGAGGAAGGAGAGAAAGGAAAGAGGGAAGAAUGCGCGUCUCGAGGACGCGAUGCUCGGGAGACUUUGCGACCGGUCGAUGAUUGUCGGGAUCGACCAACGAUCGAUCUAACGCGCCGGAAGAUUCCUCGGAACGACCGAGACGGAGCGUUCCAAGCGGAACGCGAACGGAGAGGAUUAAAGAGCGAAGAGGAGGAGACAAACGGAAGAAGGGCGAGAGAAAGGACGAACGAGAGAGAGAGAGGGGGAAAGGAGCGGUGAAAGGAGGAUAGAGAAGGAAGAUAUCUUAUUUUUAGCAGCGCCGCAAAAACCGGUUCCACCGAGUCCGCUGCCAAGGGAACCGAUAGCCCUCGCCAAGGGUUUUCGAGAGAGAAAGAUAUAACAUAUGCAGAUGAUAAAGCGCGCGCGCGCUCGUCCUGUCGAGAUUAGAAAUUGCGGGGGAGAGAGAGAGAGAAAGACGAGACGCUUACACUUAAGAAAAAGAUACGACGCGGAUCUAAGAACUAAAUCAAAUAGGAUAAAUCACACAUUUUCGUAAAAAAAAAAAAUUGCCGCAAUUUUCCACACGUGGGAAAAAUCGAGACAGGAUCUCAGGAAGCAGGGACAUUCGCGCGUACUCGAGGAACGUGGAAUUUCGCUUAAUCCGAUACGCGCGAUUGUCUUCCAUCUCGCCGCACCUUGCUCACCCCCGCCGUCCCCUUCUCCCCCCCUCAACCGUGACCACCUCCGCCGCUCCUCGCUCUCUCACGGCAUCGUCUAUCGAUUGCAUGCGUGCGUACGCGACGAGGCGGCUAAGAGAUUCGAUUAUCGACCGCGAGGACGACGACGCAUCGCGUGACUUCGAGAUUAAAAAACGCGACCCGACACCGGUUGGCACCGUACACGGAACCAUCGGGGUUUCCGGCUGGAGUCAAGGACACGCUAGCGACGGACAGGAUCAAAUUCCUGCGUUUAAAGUAAACAAGAGAUCGAUCGUUAAUCUAGCGAAAUUUUUGUUUACCCAGGACACGAACAAAUAUAAGUUGGACUGGGAAAAAUCGAUAGAGUACUAGCGAUCGAUAAACAUUUUUUCGUUCGUCAACUAGGAGCAAUGACCGACGUUAAUUGGGAAAAUCGAUCCCCGCCGGCGGUAUCGAACUGGCUCGGGGCGCUUAAUUUCCGGUCGCGUCACAUGCACGUCCAGUACCGGCGAAAUUAAAUCCGCCUGUAAUCAAUUGAUACCUCCGGGGCGAGAAACGAUCGCCGAAUCGCACGGUGCAUACGUAUCGUUGGUCGAGGCAAAGCCCGUCGAGGAGAUCGAUGUGACAGGUGAUCGAUCCGAGCCUCUCGCCGUCCGCCGAGCGGAUCGUCGAUCCGCGAUCGUCCGCGACAGGAGUACCGUUCCCGUUCCGGGCGGGAGCCGAGGAUCGCGGGAUCGCAGAGGAAACGAAGAUUACGGCAUGAAGAAUGGCAACCGAUUCUUCGAGCACUCGUCAGGGCGGGGUGAGGGCGGUCGCCACGACGACUACCGAUCCGCAGCGGAGCGAGAAGCGCGCCGUCGCGGCGCGGGGCGCCGCCGGCGCGCUGGCCCUCGGCGUCGUGGCUCUCGUCGUUCAAUCGGCGGCCACCGGGACACCCACCUGGGGAUACUUCUCCAAUCCUGACGCUGGCACUGCCGCGGAGAAAGGUUAUUUUGGACCAUGGAGACAAUGCAAGCUGCUUCUUUACGGACGAGAGUGGUGCGGCCAAAACGUCUCCAGGUUUCAACCAGUGUUGGCUGUGUGGAUGGCAGGAUUAGCCGCCGCUGGCGCUUCUGCCCUUUUGGCGAUUCUGGUCGCUUUGGCUGUGCUUCAAUUAGCCAUGGCCUCUUCCGCGAAACGGGUUGUAAUUUCGUACAGCACUGCCUUAAUAGGCAAAGUUGCCCUCGCUACAUUAGCAACGGCGUUGUCGAUUGUGGCGGCGAGCCUCUUCGCUUUACAAACGGAUGAUCGAGCUAAUAGCUUCGUCAUCACGAGAGGAGAGGCCUUUUAUAUGCAGUUGGCUGCCAUCGCUUUGAACUUCGGCGUACUGGUGUCUGCCGUUUACGAGGGCAUUUACGCCCGAAGAGGCGGCGACCCGACCAAGAUUAGGGUCGUCACGGAUCCCCGUGGAGGGACUAUAAAUAAUCCAGGAUAUCGGGAGUAUCAUCAACCAACGAACGGUGGUUCGAUCUCGAUGACAGACGCCAGCGGCAAGCCGUACGUCGGCGGGGCCGGAAACGGAUCGACGGCAUCGGUGGCCACUUCCGCGAGCGUGGCGAGCACGGCCUCGCCACUCAGGAGUUCGUUAAAGAAGCCGAAACCCCUCGGCAUUCACAAUCCUGGCUUCUCGGCGCACAGCCCGACUCUGUCCAGGAACGGCUCGCAGAAGAAAGUGCGUAUACAGACGCACUCGACGGAAGUUUAGCCGAUGCCUUCCUCUCUCUCCUGUCACGUUAUUGACGCGAGAGUUCCCUACUGUAGUCACAAGUAUCGAUCGUUUAAGGACGCCGUGACGAGAAAUCAGAUGACGGCGACUACUAAAUCAGAGACAUCUACUAGAAAUAGUUUGACGAGGUACGUUUCAUUAACGGUAGGUAGUCUCCGAUAAUGUCGUUGAUUUUCAUGUGCGAUUGAGAACGAAAUCGAAGUUUGCGCGAAGCUGUGUUUUGUCAAAGUCGGUGACAUCGCCCGAUGAUUUCGAUAUAAUGGAACUUUUAAUUAAUUUCGAAGACGAAACUCGCUAGAAAUUUAUCGUUAUUACGACGCGACGCGAAUGUAAAUAGAUUGAUAAAGGCGAUCGAUAAUCGUCAGAGAGAGAGAGAGAGAGCUCUCCGAAGCUACCUGAAUUAAAUAUUAAGCGAAUCCAGAUUAAACGCGAAAUUGACGGUAACUCGUUAAGUAUUACGUCACUUUACACUUUUCUACUACUAUAUUAUUACAUGAUGUUAUUCGGUGUAAAUCGAGUAAUAAAAUGGAUAAUGAAUUAUAAGAGUACUGGCAAGAAAAUAAAAUGGACGAAAGAAAUACAUCAACGUUGAAGAAAACAAAUAAAAAUUUUAAUAUUGUUA